AUGGAAAGUGGUCAGUCGCCGUCGCCAGUUUACGAGCAGGAGAGCGAGGCGGGUUUGCCCUUGAGAAUGUUAAGUCAUUCGAUGGAGGGUCCGGAACCGUGCUCCUUCAAUUUGCGUCUCAUUGAAGCUGUCCGCAGCAGCCGUUGUCUCUACGAUGCCAAAGAUCGUUUGUAUCGCUCAGCGGAUCAUAAGAUUAAAGUGUGGAAUCGACUUGUACAAAUAUUGCAAUUUGAUGGUGACGCACGCACCUUGUACAAUCGUUGGAAGCAGCUGCGUGAUAAGUAUGGCAAGGAAAAGAAGAAGUUAAAAUACGGUGCGGAACAUACUGGCUGGCAGUACUUUAAGCAUUUGACCUUUCUAGAUCCGCAUAUGAUUGACCGACAGCAGCAGCAAUUUGCCCGUGCUAAAGAUGGCAAAGGAGUUAUGCUUUCACCCGGAGGAACUCCGCAUCAUAUCGUGAUCAAUGACCCAACUUUCUCACUAUCACUGAUACAAGAAGUGCAGCAACAUCCUUGUUUAUAUGAUAUCAGAGAUCCUAAAUACAGACAUUCCGAAUGCCGAAAUCAGGCGUGGGCUGAAAUCAUCAAAAAUUUAGAUUUUCCAGGAGACAUUAAUUCUAUUUAUAAGCAGUGGAAGAAGGUACGCGAUCGUUAUGUAAGAGAGAAACGAAAGAUACGGAUGUCAAGUGCAAACGGUGGUGAAGUGGAAGAGUCGCAAUGGGAUUUGUUUCCGCAAAUGAUGUGGAUUGAUCCGUUUCUAGAUGAUCGAGCCACACAUUAUUCAAAGAAUAUUAAGCGAAAACAUGACAGUGAGGAAUUGUCUGAAGAUGGUUUUUUGGACGAUUUAACAGAUAGUUCGCACGGUCAACACAAUGUGUCACAAAACCAGUCACCAUAUUCUGCUAUAUUAUUGCCAGGAGGAAUGACUACUGUUAAAACAAUGCAGAGUACUCACAGAGAUGCAGAGCGAACAACAAUGAUCGCAAAAAGUUUAUCACUACAGCAGCGUGAUAUAAAUGCCGUUGAUGGUGACAAAGCAUUUGCAUUAAGUGUAACAGCUGAUAUGCUUGCACUCCCAGAACAUGCUAGGGCAAUCGCAAAAGCUCAGAUUCAAAACUGGCUUGAUAAUUCUAGGCUAUCGCAACAGAUACAGUUUGAUUCCAAAUAACAAGACAUAGGGAACAUUAUCAAAUUCUUCAUCAAAACGGCACUUGUGGGUAUUUUCCAUCGUCUGUUGAAUAAAAGCAUUAUUGCUAUGGGUGAAGCUAGUCGAAGUCAGCGUAUAGUUUGGGUGGACUGUGAAAUGACAGGUCUGGACGUCAGCAGUAAAACAAUCGUUGAAAUUGCUUGUGUUGUUACUGAAGCUGAUUUGACGGUUGUCGCAGAAGGACCUAAUUUGAUCAUAUCACAAUCGAGAGAUGUUCUUGAAGGAAUGGAUAAUUGGUGUAAAUCAACAUUCACAUCCAAUGGCCUUCUGCAGGAAAUACGAUCUAGUAAAAUAACCAUGCAACAAGCUGAGAAUGAGGUACUAUCUUAUGUCCGACGUCACACUGAUCCUGGUAUGUGCCCUCUUGGUGGUAAUUCUGUGAGUUCUGAUCGAAUUUUUCUGCAAAAACAUAUGCCCACAUUUGAGAAGCACUUACAUUACCGGAACAUCGAUGUAUCCAGUAUAAAAGAGUUGGCAAAACGAUGGUACCCAGAUAUAUAUGCAAGGAAGCCGCGAAAAGAAAAUACCCAUCGGGCGCUUGGUGACAUUUAUGACAGUAUUCAAGAACUGAAUUGCUAUAUUUCAUCCAGCAGUCCGUGUCUGGACUUUAUAAUCCUUCAAGCACUUCAGCGAGCGGCGGUUUCCUUAUUCAUCAAGACCGCAAUAUUUGCUAUCGUGAUUUGCGUUUCGCCAUGUGAGGAAGCAGCUUGCAAUUAUCUGGAAUGUGAGGAAGAUGAGGGCAUGAGGGAGGGGACUUCUCCUGUCGUUAUGUCCAUUCGAACUGCAAUUCACGUACAUGGAACGAUUUUAAAAGAACUUCGCAAUAUAUCCAUGAACCGGCGAGAAGGCAAGGACCGAGCGGGUGGCAGUGACCUUGGUGGUUCCUCCGGUUGUGCUUUCUCGACCUCCGAUUCUUGUGAUGAUGAGGAUGACACACACCCGAACAUCGAUACACCUUCCCUCUUUCGAUGGCGGCAUCAAGCACGUUUGGAACGUAUGGCCGAGCGUAAGCAGGAAAAGGAGAAGUUAAUGGAGGGGAAGUCAAUUGUGGAGAAACGAAUAUUGGAAGUGCAAGAGAAGUUGAAGAACAGUGACUUGGACGACAAGGAAAGGAUCAAGUUGGAGCUUGAGAUUGAAGAAGUUAAGAAACAGGAAGAAGAAUAUCAGAAAAAGGAGAAAGAACUGGAUGAGAAAGAGAAGAAUGAACCAUGGAAUGUUGAUACAAUUGGUCAUGAAGCCUUCAGUAAAUCGCGUAUCAAUAAAAUAACGGAGAAGAAAGCCGAACCACCGAAAUUAUCGGAAGAGGAGGAAAGUAAACGCAUGUCCGAUUUUUUCACAAAAAACGGAGAGUUGCUGAAAGUAUUUGGCGCUAUGCAUGGCUUGGAAGAAUCCGAGAAAUAUUUGUUGGAACACCCUCAUUUAGCAUCUGACUUCGCUGCUAGCUGGCUUACCAUUCAAGCACUUAAUCUUGCAAUGGAAUUUGAGGAUAAGAAAAUGUGCAUCAUGGCGGAACAAUGUAUUAUUAUUCAAUAUUUGCUCGAAUUAUCGAAAAAUCUUCAUGCACUUGCAACCAAUACAAAUGUCAUCAAAAACUUUUUCAAAAAGUUCCGUGCUGCCGAUCCUUCCUAUGCGAAAAUGUUUCGACAGGAAGUUGAUGCUUUCUGCGAUAGGCUUCGUAAAAGAGGCAAAGACAAGCGUGAUGCAGCGAUCGCCGAAUAUGAGGCAGAAGAAAAAGCAAAGCGUAUUGCUGCGUCACCCGGUGGUUUGGAUCCUCAAGAAGUGUAUGAAAGCUUGCCUGAGGACAUGAGAGUUGCUUUUGACAGUCAAGAAGUGUCACGACUGCAGGAGGUCGCCGAGAAGAUGGAUCGUGAAGUAUUUACAUAUCAUUUACAACGAUGUAUUGAUAGCGGUUUGUGGAUUCCGGAUGCAAAUGCAGUUAAAGAGGAAAAUAUCGAUGAAAAUCAAAAAUCUUGA